GUGGUGGGUUGAUAAUGACUGAAAGAAUGUACGGAUCCCCCGAGGACAUGGUGGAUGGGGAAAUAUGAGAUCAUAGGAAAAAUAAGAAGACAAUGCUUUUUUAUAUUUUGCGUUCCCCCUAGAAACUUUGCGUUGUUCUUAUUCCAGAGGUUGUUUAUAUUCACAAAGAAGACAGACAAAUAAGCUGGACUUGAACAAAUUUUGAAGAUGUUUCUGAAGGAUUUUUUCCCUAUUUAUUUCAGGCUGUUGUUCUGUGAUUAGACGGAAUGGAAAGUACUUUUACUUUACUUUUUUUCUUCUUGAAUUACUGCCAGGUUAUUAAUCUUAGUAACAUGCUGUCAUCUCCAGAUCGUACAGAAUUGCCGAAUGUUUUCACGGAUCAUUGCUUUGCUGUUUGUACUGGCGUCUCUGCUGCAAUAAUGUCAGAGGAGCGAGGAAAGGACUGUCCCACUGAAAUCAGACUCUCAGAAGAACAGAGUAAAAGAUCAGGUUCACCAGUAUUCAGCUCUGUGUCUGUGAAGAGUGACUGGUCAAAUUAUGAUAAUAAACCAAACUUCAGUGAGAAAACACCAUCACCUUCCAAAAGUAGAAGAUCAGUGUCCAGAUCUUUGUCUGUGAAGAGUGACUGUUCAAUAUUUCAACCACCAGACUUAAGAGAGAAAACACUAUCAGCUACCAAAAGUGUAAAAUCAGGCUCGUAUAGUUUUGGCUCUGUGUCUGUGAAGAGUGAUAGAUCCAUGGAUAAUCCACCACCAGUCUUCAGUGAGCAAUCACCAUCAUCUACCAAAAGUAACAAAGAGCAGAAGACCACAGUAAAUGUUGGUGCAGAAUUUACACGAUGGCAAAAGCUUAAAGCACAAAAACGGUUGAAUAGUGAUGUUGAACUGGCAUCCUUUCUUCUCAACAGGGUUCAAUAUGAGAAAUCAGACUCAGAAUUCCAGAAGUACCGUCUCCGUAAGGAGUUCAGUGAAAAUCGCCUAUGGAUCUUCCAGGAUGUUGAGAACAAAAUAAUCGUAUUUCUGAAGAAUGAGCUGGAGAAGUUUAAGAAAAUAUUACAAAAAGAGAACACACAAUACUUUGUGCAGGACUUCAAUGAAGGCAUGUGUAGUAUCAAAGAAGCAGCUCUUGAUAUCACACUUUACUUCCUAAGAGAUAUGAAGCAAGACGAACUUGCAAAUACUCUAGAAGAUGAGCUGAUAUUCAUUCAUCAGCGACAGCUAAAAUUAAACCUGAAGAGGAAGUGUCAGUGUCUGUUUGAAGGAAUUACAAAGCAUGGUGGCUCCACACUUCUGAAUAACAUCUACACAGAUCUCUAUAUCACUCAGGGUGGCAGUGAACAGAUCAAUACUGAACAUGAGGUUAGACAGAUUGAGGUUGCUUUCAGGUGUGCAGAAUCACAAGACAUACAGAUUGAAUGCAACAACUUGUUUGAAGCAGCAGAACAAGACAAGGAGAUCAGAACUGUACUGACAAAAGGAGUUGCUGGCAUUGGAAAAUCAGUCUCUGUGCAAAAAUUUGUUCUGGAUUGGGCUGAAGGAAAAGAAAAUCAAGAUAUCAGCUUCAUAUUUCCUCUUCCAUUCAGAGAGAUGAAUUUAAAGGAGGAAGAAACACAAAGUUUGAUGAGCCUUAUAACUCAGUUUUUCCCAGAGACAAAAGGACUGAACCUGGCAAGAAAUGAUAAAUUCAAAGUCUUGUUCAUCCUUGAUGGAUUGGAUGAAUGCCGACUUCCUCUAAACUUUGAAGGUAAUGAGACGUGGCGUGAUGUAUCGUCACCAGCUGCUCUGGAUGUUCUCCUAACAAACCUCAUAAAGGGAAAUUUGCUUCCUUCUGCUCUCAUCUGGAUCACCACCAGACCAGAAGCAGCUGGUAAGAUUCCCCCUGACUGUAUUGACCGGGUAACAGAGAUACGAGGAUUCAAUGAUGCACAAAAGGAGGAGUACUUCAAGAAAAGGUUCACAGAUGAGUCUGUGGCAAACAAAAUCGUUGAUCUUGUUAAACAGUCAAAGAGCCUCUUUAUCAUGUGCUACAUCCCAGUCUUCUGCUGGAUUUCAGCCACUGUUCUCCAAAAUAUUUUGGAAGAGGAAAGAUAUACAGAAGACACUCCCAAGACUCUGACACAAAUGUACACACACUUUCUUCGCUUUCAGAUCCAGCAGAGCAGAAGGAAGUAUGAUGUUUGCUGGGAUAAAGACACCAUCCUUUCACUGGGGAAUCUGGCAUUUCAUCAGCUGGAAAGAAACAACCUGAUCUUCUAUGAAUCAGACCUGGAGGCAUGUGGUAUUGAUGUCUCUAAAGCAUCAGUGUAUUCAGGCAUGUGUACCCAGAUCUUUAAGGAGGAAACAGGGAUCAUUCUUGGUACCAUGUACUGCUUUGUUCACUUGAGCAUUCAAGAGUUUAUUGCAGCCCUUUAUGCACAUCUAUUUCUAGACAUCAACAAGAAAAGUGUGUUUUAUCAGGAGUCUACACAACAGGAAAACAAAAAUGAAACCAUGGUUGAUUUGCUGAAGACUGCAGUGGACAAGGCGCUUGAGAGUGACAAUGGACACCUGGAUCUUUUCCUUCGCUUCCUUCUUGGUCUGUCACUUGAGUCUAAUCGUCCACUUUUACGAGGUCUGCUGACCCAGCAAGAUGGCAAUGACCAGUGCUACAAGGAAGUAGUUCAGUACAUCAAGCAAAAGUUAGAAGAUAAUCUAUCUCCAGAGAGAUCCAUUAAUCUUUUUCAUUGCCUGAAUGAACUGAAUGACCAUACUCUGGUGAAAGAGAUUCAAAACCAACUUAACAAAGGAAGACUUUCAUCUGCUGAUCUUUCACCUGCCCAGUGGUCUGCUGUGGCUUUUGUGAUGCUGACAUCAGAAGAGGAGCUGGAAGAGUUUAACCUACAGAAGUUCAAGAAAUCAGACGAGUGUUUCUUUAGACUACUGGAAGUCGUCAAAACCUCCAAAACAGCUCUGUUAAAUGAUUGUAACCUAACAGACAAAAGCUGUUCAGCUCUGGCUACAGUUCUUGGAUCAGAUACCAGUCUGAAAGAGCUGAACAUGAACAAUAAUAAUCUACAUGAUUCAGGAGUGAAGCUGCUCUGCACUGGACUGAAGAGCAUGAACUGUAAAUUAGAGAUACUGGGGCUCAGUAAUUGUGCACUUACAGAGGAAAGCUGUUCAUCUCUUGCUUCAGUUCUCAGUUCAGACUCCAGCAGUCUGAAUGAUCUUGAACUGAGCAAUAAUAAUCUGAAGGAUUCAGGUGUGAAGCUGCUCUCGGAUGGACUGAAAGAGAAUUGUAACCUGGAGAAACUCAGACUUUCAGACUGCAGUAUCAGUGAAGAAGGUUAUACAGCUCUGGCUUCAGCUCUGAGAUCAAACCCUUCACACCUGAUAGAGCUAGAUCUCACAGGAAAUGAUCCUGGAGAAUCAGGAGUGAAGGAGCUCACUGAUUUACUACAGGAUCGGAACUGUAAGCUGAAGGCACUUAGGUUUUUGAGUCCUGCCGCAGAUGAAGCUUGUCAAUAUGUCAGAGGAAUUGUGGGUAAAAACCCGUUACUCCUGAGAGAGCUAAAUCUGAGUGAACGUGAACUAUCAGACACAAACAUGAAGUGGAUCGCUGCUCUACUGCAGGAUAAACACUGUAAACUCAACAAACUGAUGCUGCGUGAUUGUGGUCUAACAGAGGAAAGCUGUUCAGCUCUUGCUACAGUCCUGACAUCAGUCUUUCACUCCAGUCUGAAGGAACUUGACAUCAGCAACAAUAAUCUGCAGGAUUCAGGAGUAAAGAAACUCCAGAACGGAUUUGAAAAUGCAAACUGCCCACUGCAGAAACUUAGACUUUCCAACUGCAGUAUCACAGAAGAAGGUUAUAAAGCUCUGGCUUCAGCUCUGAGGUCAAACCCUUCACACCUGAUAGAGCUGGAUCUCACAGGAAAUGAUCCUGGACAAUCAGGAGUGAAUGAGCUCAAUGAUUUACUACAGGAUCCAAACUGUCAACUUAAGACACUGAGGUUUUUGAGUCCUGCUGCAGAUGAAGCCUGUCAGUAUGUGACUGGACUUGUGGGUAAAAACCCAUUACUUCUGAGGGAGCUGAAUCUGAGUGAAUGUGAAAUAAGAGACAUAGGAGUGAAUCAGAUUGCUGCUCUACUGCAGGAUAAACAUUGUCAACUCAACACACUGACGCUGUGUGAUUGUGGCCUAACAGAUGAAAGCUGUUCAGCUCUUGCUACAGUCCUGAGAUCAAACUCCAAUCUGAAAGAGCUUGACGUCAGCAACAAUAAUCUGCAGGAUUCAGGAGUAAAGAAACUCCAGAAUGCAUUAGAAAAUACAAACUGCACAUUGGAGAAACUUAGACUUUCCAACUGCAGUAUCACAGAAGAAGGUUAUAAAGCUCUGGCUUCAGCUCUGAGGUCAAACCCUUCACACCUGAUAGAGCUGGAUCUCACAGGAAAUGAUCCUGGACAAUCAGGAGUGAAUGAGCUCAAUGAUUUACUACAGGAUCCAAACUGUCAACUUAAGACACUGAGGUUUUUGAAAAGUCCUGCUGCACAGAAAGCGUGUGACUAUCUCACUAAAGUUCUAGGUAAAAGUCCGCUAUUACUGACAGAACUGGAUCUGAGUGAGGAUAAAUUGGGAGAUUUGGAUGGAGAGAAUCUAUCUGCUCUUUUGAUGGACUCACAUUGCAAACUGGAGAAAAUAAAACUGAAUAAUUGUGAGCUUACUGAGAAAAGCUGUUCAGUUCUAGCUACUGUUCUCUCCUCCAAAACAAUCCUGAAAGGGCUGAACCUGAACAACAGCCAUCUGCUGGACUCAGGAGUCAAAGAGAUCAGUGAGGGACUGAAGAAUCCUGUAUGUAAGCUGAGGAUACUGAAACUUUCCAACUGCAGUGUUACAGAAGAAGGUUAUAAAGCUCUGGCUUCAUCUCUGAGAUCAAAUCCUUCACACCUGAUAGAGCUGGACCUAACAGGAAAUGAUCCAGGACAAUCAGGAGUAAAGGAGCUCAGUGAUUUACUACAGGAUCCAAACUGUCAACUCAAGACACUGAGGUUUUUGGGUCCUGCUGCAGAUGAAGCCUGUCAGUAUGUGACUGGAAUUGUGGGAAACAACCCGUUACUCCUGAGAGAGCUGAAUCUGAGUGAACGUGAACUAGGAGACUCAAAUGUGAAGAAGCUUGCUGCUCUACUGCAGGAUAAACACUGUAAACUCAACACACUGAUACUUUCCAACUGCAGUGUUACAGAGGAAGGUUAUAAAGCUCUGGCUUCAUCUCUGAGAUUAAAUCCUUCACACCUGAUAGAGCUGGAUCUCACAGGAAAUGAUCCUGGACAAUCAGGAGUGAAGGAGCUCAAUGAUUUACUACAGGAUCCAAACAGUCAACUCAAGAAACUGAGGUUUUUGUGCCCUGUUGCAGAUGAAGCCUGUGAGUAUGUGAGAGGAAUUGUGGGUAAAGACCCGUUACUCCUGAGAGAGCUGAAUCUGAGUGAACAUGAACUAGGAGACACACGAGUGAAUCAGAUUGCUGCUCUACUGCAGGAUAAACACUGUAAACUCAACACACUUAUUUUGUGUGGAUGCAGUAUUACAGAGAAACAGUGUCUCAUCCUUACUUCAGCUCUGAAAUCAAACCCAUCACACCUGAGAGAGCUGGACCUCAGUGAGAAUAAACUACAAAAUAAAGGAGUGUAUAUUUUAUGUGAUUUACUGAAGGAUUCACACUGUAAACUAGAGAGAUUAAGGUUGAGAUACUGUGGCAUGACAUCUGAAGGUUGUUCUGCUGUGACUUCCGCUCUGAAUUCAAACCCAUCACACCUGAGAGAGAUGAACCUGAGUGCAAAUCAACUAGGAUUUGAAAACCUUGGUGUUCUGCUGAGGAAUCACAAAUUCAAGCUGGAAAUACUAGUUCUGUGUGGAUGCAGUAUUACAGAGAAACAGUGUCUCAUCCUGACUUCAGCUCUGAAAUUAAACCCAUCACACCUGAGAGAGCUGGACCUCAGUGAGAAUGAACUAAAAAACACAGGAGUGAAGCACUUAUGUGACACACUUUAUGACUCACAAUGUAAACUGGAGAGACUGAGGUUCAGACACUGUGAUAUGACAGAUGAAGGUUGUUCUGCAGUGACUUCAGCUCUGAAAUCAAACCCAUCACACCUGAGAGAACUGGACCUCAGUGAGAACCAACUAGGAGAAUCUGGAGUGAAAAACCUCUGUGAUUUACUGAGGAAUAAACAAUGCAAGCUGGAGAAACUAGAUUUAUGUAGAUGCAGCAUUACAGAGAAACAGUGUCUCAUCCUGACUCUAGGACUGUGUUCAAACCUUUCACACCUGAGAGAGCUGAGCCUCAGUGGGAAUGAACUAAAAAACACAGGAGUGAAGCACUUAUCUGACGUACUGAAGGAUUCACAUUGUAAACUGGAGAGACUGAGGUUAAGAUCCUGUGAUAUAACAGAUGAAGGCUGUUCUGCUCUGACUUCAGCUUUGAAAUCAAACCCAUCACACCUGAGAGAGCUGGAACUGAGUGGGAAUAAAAUAAAACACAAAGGAGUGAAGCAUUUAUGUGACCUACUGAAGGAUUCAGACUGUAAUCUGGAGAGAUUGAGCCUAAAAGAUUGUGGCAUUACAGAUGUUGCUUGUUUGGCUCAUGCUUUGACUAAGACAAAAGCAUUUAAUUUUUUAAAAGACCUUGAUCUGAGUAAGAAUAAAAUAGGAAACUCAAAGAAGCAGCUCAGUAAAGUGCUCAAAGACUCAAACUGUAACCUGAGACUAGACAGCGAAGAGACUCUGUUUAGUGUCAAUCUAAACAGCAUUGUUGGAUGGUUUUCAUCCAGACCAGUACCCAUCCAGAUGAUGGAUCUUCACAAGAGCCUUACUAUAAUGUAAUCAAUGAAAUCUGUUCUCAACUGACAAUAUUAGUCCAGAAAAAUGAAAAUCAGUGUUUGUAUCCAUUUAAAUCUAGAAGAACAACACUCUGUCAGAAUAGUUAUUGUUGCAUACAGGUAGAACAAAUGAAAUAAUGCGCACAUGAGUAAUAUUAAAUGGUUACUGGGCAAAAGGGAGUUCACAUUAACACAGAGAGAUCAGAAUCUGGAAUGUUCCAAGACAUAAAACGAAAAGUGCUAGAGCUUUUACAGUGAAGUCUCAAUUUCUUUUGGAAUCGUCUUCCAAUUGAUAUUAGACUUUUUAUUACUUGUGAAGUAUUGUCAAUAUUUUUUGACAAUAUUUUUUUUUUUUUUUUGAGCGUGUAUACAAUCAAUGCCUGAUUGUAUAUUCUAUAAAGCUCUUAAUAUCUGUUAUAUUAUUGUAUAAUAUAAAAGUGCUAUAAAAUAUAACUUAUUCUUGUUAUCAUUAUUAACAGUAACAGCAAUUGUCUGACAAUUACAUUUUUGCUUGCUUUGGUGAAGUUUUCUCAAUUUUCUUCAAAAACAAAAUGUUCAUAGAGCAUCAUUGCAACCUCUAAAUGUUCAUUAAAGUUUCAUGACGUUCAUGAGGGAAUAUUCUCCUCAGAUGUUCCUGCUCAGGACUGAGUAUUUUUGAUCAAACAGCUCCACAAUCAAAUUUAACAUAUUAAACUGUUGUGUCUAGAUUUUUGUUAUAAUGUUAUGCUCAAAAAAUGACUGAUAUUCUGUUUGAGUAUUUUUUUUCUAUAAAAAGACUCCUUAGCUUACUGUGAAAAAAAGGAAGAAUGCAAAGCCAAUAAACUGUGAUAAUAAAACAAUGUAAAUAAAAAGAAUUCUCCCAAGUCAUUCU